UUGAUUCGCUGUACAAACCAGAAACAGAGAAAUCGAAAGAAAGGGAAGAAGACAAUGGCGGUUCCAGGAAGACACAUGUUUGAAGAAGAUGAAGACGAUGACAACGCUCUUUUUGAAGAAAACGGUCUCGAGAUUGACCUUGAAGCCGAUACCCCGCCGCACCUCCGCGACCUUGUCGCCGCUGUCCAGCUCGGCGACCUCAACGCUCUUCGCCUCGCCCUAGACAACUUGAAUGGCAACAUCGAUGAACCUGCAGAAGAUGGUGAUACAGCUCUCCAUCUUGCCUGUCUUUACGGUUAUCUGCCUUGUGUUCAAAUACUUUUGGAAAGGGGGGCUAAUUUGGAGGCCAAAGAUGAAGAUGGAGCAGUUCCUUUGCAUGAUGCUUGUGCCGGGGGAUUUGUCGAGAUAGUGCAACUUCUACUUGACAGAGCCACUGACAGUGGAUGUCUGAAAAGAAUACUAGAUUCAGUUGAUGCCGAAGGUGAUACUCCUCUUCAUCAUGCAGCAAGAGGUGAGCAUGCAGAAGUGAUACGAUUGUUACUGGCGAAAGGAGCUUCUCCCACAAAGACAAACACUUAUGGAAAGAUCCCACAGGAGCUAGCUGACCCCGAAACAGAGGCUUGGAGAGUUUUUGAAGCCGCCACUAGUGCCCAAACCUCACAGGGAAGCUGUUAGGUACACCUGAUGUUCCUUGAAAUUUGCCUAGGCUGUGUGUUGUGGCUACAGUUUUGUUGCCACUGUGCCGUGAGCAGUUGAGAGUGAAAGUUUUCAAGGCUAGAAUGAAAUACCUAUUUUUCAUCAAAUUCGACAUUAGUAUCUUAGCUGAAAAGGGGAGCUUGUAUAAGUUUAUAGCCUUGCAAUGCUACCCUAUUAAUUGCAAAGCAACAAACCUCCUUUACGUUUAUAAUAAACAAUUUAGUGCUUUUACAUUUAA